UGGUCGGGCCAGCGGGUUCCACGAGCGCCUGGCAGAGACUGAGGGAGAGAGAGAGAAAGAGGAGGGGAGGAGGAUUCAGGGAGUAGGAGCUGGGGAGCCCUUCUGCGCCACAGAAAAUUUCCAAAGACUUGGUGAAGGAAGACUUUGUGGUGAAGACUUUCUGAUAGGAAAACGAUCAAAGGCUGUAGCACUAUUAUACUGUAUAUGCUGUUUUUCCAGCAGUGUAGUUGGAGGAGAAUUCUGCUGAUCUUUAUUUCCUGAUUCUUCUUUACUUCCUCUUUGCCAACUAAGACUUGUAUUUGGAGAGCUCUGUUGUACUGAGCCUGAAGUCACCUUUGACCCAUAACAAGAGCAUGAAUUUUCAAGUGUCAGUUGGAUUCGUGGAUCAAUAAAGUUCUUAUAAAAGGUAGUCACUUUUGCUGACUCUGUUCAGCUUUCACAAUGUAUCAUUCCUCAUCUGAAACCAGACAUCCUCUGCAGCCAGAAGAACAAGAAGUGGGCAUUGACCCCUUGUCGAGUUACUCAAACAAGACCGGAGGAGACUCAAAUAAAAAUGGAAGAAGAACCAGUUCUACCUUAGAUUCUGAUGGGACUUUUAAUUCCUAUAGGAAAGAAUGGGAAGAACUCUUUGUAAACAACAAUUACUUGGCAACAAUAAGGCAGAAGGGGAUUAAUGGGCAGCUGAGAAGCAGCAGGUUCCGCAGCAUUUGCUGGAAGCUAUUUCUUUGUGUUCUUCCUCAAGAUAAAAGUCAGUGGAUAAGUAAAAUUAAAGAAUUGAGAGCAUGGUAUAGCAACAUCAAAGAAAUACACAUUACAAAUCCAAGGAAGGUCGUUGGUCAGCAGGACUUGAUGAUCAACAAUCCCCUUUCACAGGACGAAGGGAGUCUUUGGAACAAAUUCUUCCAAGAUAAAGAACUUCGAUCGAUGAUUGAACAAGAUGUCACAAGAACGUUUCCUGAAAUGCAGUUUUUCCGACAAGAAAAUGUGAAAAAAAUUCUUACAGAUGUUCUUUUCUGUUAUGCUAGAGAAAACGAGCAGUUGCUUUAUAAACAGGGCAUGCACGAGCUGUUAGCACCUAUAGUCUUUAUCCUCCACUGUGACCACCAAGCUUUUCUUCACGCCAGUGAGUCUGCUCAACCAAGUGAGGAAAUGAAAACUCUCUUGAACCCUGAGUAUCUGGAACAUGAUGCCUAUGCCAUGUUCUCGCAACUUAUGGAAACUGCUGAACCUUGGUUUUCUACUUUCGAGCAUGAUAGUCAAAAGGGGAAAGAAACACUGUUGACUCCCAUCCCCUUUGCUCGACCACAGGACUUAGGGCCAACGAUUGCUAUUGUUACUAAAGUCAAUCAGAUCCAGGAUCAUCUUCUGAAGAAGCAUGAUAUUGAGCUUUACAUGCACUUGAACAGACUAGAAAUUGCACCACAGAUAUAUGGGUUACGGUGGGUACGGCUGCUGUUUGGGCGAGAGUUCCCCCUACAGGAUCUUCUAGUGGUCUGGGAUGCCUUGUUUGCAGAUGGCCUCAGCCUGGGUUUAGUGGAUUAUAUCUUCAUAGCCAUGUUACUGUACAUCCGAGAUGCUUUGAUCUCUAGUAACUACCAGACCUGUCUCGGCCUUCUGAUGCAUUACCCAGUAAUUGGCGAUGUACAUUCACUGAUCCUUAAGGCUCUGUUCCUUCGAGAUCCAAAGAGAAAUCCAAGACCAGUGACUUAUCAGUUCCAUCCGAAUCUAGAUUAUUACAAAGCACGGGGAGCAGACCUCAUGAAUAAAAGCCGGACCAAUGCCAAAGGCGCUCCCCUGAAUAUAAAUAAGGUCUCUAAUAGCCUGAUUAAUUUUGGAAGGAAGUUGAUUUCUCCAGCAAUGGCCCCAGGCAGUCCCGGUGGCCCUGUGUCAGGAGGCAGUGGUGGCAGCUCCUCCACUGCUGUGGUUCCCACCCGGACCUCGGCAGAGGCCCCCCGACAUCCCUCGCGGCAGCAGCAGCAGCAGCAGCAGCAGCAGCAGCAGCAGCAGCAACAGCAGCAGCAGCAGCAGCAGCAGCAGCGGCUGAUGAAGUCCGAAAGCAUGCCAGUGCAACUGAACAAAGGUGAUGUAGUUACAGGAAGCAAUGUUUCUGUUCCUGUCCAGACUCUAACUGACCUCCAAGGACAAAGUUCUAAAAACAUCAGUUCAUCUCCAAGCAUUGAGAGUUUGCCUGGAGGCAGAGAAUUCACUGGCUCCCCACCUUUGUCUGCUAUGAAAAAGGAUUCCUUCUUCAGCAACAUCUCCCGCUCCCGCUCACACAGCAAAACUAUGGGCAGAAAAGAAUCUGAAGAAGAAUUAGAAGCCCAAAUUUCCUUCCUUCAAGGACAGUUGAAUGACCUGGAUGCCAUGUGCAAAUAUUGUGCAAAGGUGAUGGACACGCAUCUUGUAAAUAUUCAAGACGUGAUAUUACAAGAAAAUUUGGAAAAAGAAGAUCAAAUUCUGGUGUCCCUGGCAGGAUUAAAACAGGUCAAAGACAUUCUGAAAGGUUCCCUGCAUUUCAACCAGAGCCAGCUGGAAGCUGAGGAGAAUGAGCAGAUCACCAUCUCAGACGACCACUACUGCUCCAGCGGUCAGAGCCCAGGCCAGGGCCACAGUGACCAGAUGCCCGGGGCCACCAAGCAGGCCUCUUCGGACACGUGCGGGCACGCAGACAAAGGGAGCUCAGAUGACUUCAUCCUGGUUUCUAAAGAGGACGGGGGAGGCGGUGCCAGGGCGCCCUUCCCCAGCCAGGCCCAGCCCCUUCGCACCCUCAGAAGCACAGCUGGGAAAGGUGAGGGCCUGAGCCGCUUCCCACUGGUCUUCUCCGACCCGCUGACGGGCCUGGCCUCAGCUUCCUCCAGCAACGCCAGCUCCAGCCCCGACGACGACAGCAGCGGCAACAGCAAGGACUCGGGCUUCACCAUCGUGAGCCCCUUGGAUAUCUGACCGCAGAGCCCAGGC